AUGUGCGCCGCGGAAGUGGACCACAACGUGGCCCGGAGAUACCUACUCAAGCGGCGGCUCGGAAAAGGGGCCUACGGUAUUGUGUGGAAGGCAGUGGACCGGAGAACUGGUGAGGUUGUUGCCAUCAAGAAAAUCUUUGAUGCCUUUAGAGAUAAGACAGAUGCCCAGAGAACAUUCCGGGAAAUCAUGCUGCUCCAGGAGUUUGGGAACCAUCCCAACAUCAUCCGCCUCCUCGACCUGAUGCGGGCAGAGAAUGACAGGGACAUUUACCUGGUAUUUGAGUUUAUGGACACUGACCUGCAUGCCGUCAUCAGGAAGGGUGGGCUGCUGAAGGAUGUCCACAGGCGCUACAUCUUCUACCAGCUCCUGCGGGCCACCAACUUCAUCCACUCAGCCCGGGUCAUCCACCGGGACCUGAAGCCAUCUAAUAUCCUCCUGGAUGCCAACUGUGUGGUGAAGCUCUGUGACUUUGGCCUGGCCCGCUCUCUGAGCAGCCUUCCUGAGGGGACCAAGGGCCAGGCCCUGACUGAAUACGUAGCCACACGCUGGUACCGAGCUCCAGAGGUUCUGCUGUCCUCAAGCUGGUACUCCCCUGGGGUGGACAUGUGGAGUCUGGGCUGUGUCCUGGGGGAGAUGCUGCGGGGGCAGCCCUUGUUCCCAGGCACGUCCACACUCCACCAGCUGCAACUAAUCCUGGAGACCAUUCCACCUCCACUGGCGGAGGACCUCCCAGCUCUCGGCUCAGGCUACAGCGCCUCCGUCCUGCACAGCUUGGGAUCCGGGCCACAGCAGACGCUAGACACCAUCCUGCCACCAGACACACCUCCAGAGGCUCUGGACCUUCUCAGGCUGCUCCUGGUAUUUGCCCCCCACAAGCGGCUCACUGCAGCCCAGGCCCUACAACACCCCUACGUGCAGAGGUUCCACUGCCCUGACUGUGAUCAGACUGGGGGGGUGGAUGUGCAGCUCCUGGCGCAGGAUGGAGUCCGGCUAUCUGCCACCGAGUAUCGCAGCCACAUCUAUCAGAUGAUCUUGGAGCAGAGAGGCAAUGGCUGUGUCCCCAAAAAGGAGGGCCUGAGGGGUGCCCCCCCGGGGGCAGAGCCCAGGGCUUCCAGGUCCCAGGCGCACCUGCUCAAGCCCAGAGCCAGCCCCCAGCUCGCCUUGGGGCCGCCUGCACAGAUCCCUGGACUCAGGCCUCAGAGUAGCCCUAGUCUGGAUCCAGAGCACGAAGCCCCCAGAACAGCUAAGAACAUUCUCAGGCGGAACCCAGCCUCUUUGCCCCAACCUGGGACCCCUGGGGUGGAGGCGGAGCACCCCUCCCCCCCAUCAUGGCUGAAGCACAACAUAAGAGGGGCAAACCUCUCCCUGACCACUCAGGCUGCAGCCCAGGUGGCCAAUCAGGCCCUGAUCCGCAAGGACUGGUCCCAGUGCUGUGGGGUGAGGGCAGCUGGCCCACACCUGGUCCCUCCUCAGCUUCCCCCAGACCCCCGGCCUGGACGGAGGAUGUUCAGCUCUUCUGCUUCACAGGGGGCGCUGGGGGCUGCCCGGACCAUGCUCGGGGGCUACUCUCAGGCCUAUGGUACCAUAUGCCACUCAGCACUGGGCCACCUGCCCCUGCUCCAAGGACCACGUGCAUGAGCUGCCCUACCUGCCCAGUCCCCUCGCCCUUUGGCUACAUUCAAGUUUGGGGAAGAUUGGGCCUCUUUGGGGGAGUAGAUGAGGAUCCCACCCACACCCUAGUGACUUUCUCCAAUAAAGUCUGU